CAUGUGCUAAAAAUGUUGGUAUCACUGUAAGUUGUAUUGAAUGUGAGAAACUACGCCUUCUAUUUAGUGCGAAGAAGAUUUCAGAAAAAGAUAAGUCAUUGUUGCAAAGAUUUUUAGAUACGAUCUUCUAUACUUAUAGUGAUAAUGAAGAAAAUAUUAAUAAAGAAGUUAAUGAGAAAGAAAAUGAUUCAACUGAAUCUGAAAGCUCAGACGAUGAAGAGCCUGAUGAAAUUGCUGAGGAGUCUGAUGAAAAUAUAGAAGAGCCUGAUACUGUUGCAAAGGAUUCUAUUUAUGAACUUUUUUUAAAAGUUUUUGUUAAUAAUUCAUUGACUUGCACAACAGAAAUUGAAAAGCUAUACUAUUCUGCUAGAAUUUAUCCAGACGUUUGUAUUCACUGUGGGUACUUGGAUGUUUCUAACUCAGCAAAUGAGUAUCCAUGUUGUAAUGAUUGUGAGAGUAACCUUGCUAAUUCAAAAAAAUCUUCAAGACAGUCUAAAGAUAUUAAAAACAAACGAAAGCAUAUUAAAACUAAAAACUAG